UUUUUGUAAUUUUACAAAAAAAUUUUUUCCCCAAAACGUGGUUUCAGGUUAAGCUUUGAGCCUCUCGUCUUACCCUACCCUUUUGUCGUGGAAUCUCGGCGAUCAGACCCGCUCUCAUCGCUCGUCAACCAUUGAAAUUCUGAUUAAAACAAAAAUGAGUUCUAGGGACAAGGACCAGACGACGCCGCAUCAGCCCCUUCUUAGCAGCCUCGUCAUACGGUCGUCUAACAGCGACGGAGGCGGCGGCGGCAUCCGUGGCAGUGACUACGAGCCCGGCGAGGUUCGCCGUGAGCCUCCUUCCUAUUCCAGAUCCGAUCGGUUCUCCGGGGAUUCUGGAUAUAGACUACGUGCAGGUUCUUCAUCUCCUGUACGGAGGAGGGAUGCUGAUCAUCGCUACAAUCCUGAUUUUGAUCAUUCUGGUGCUCUGGCACGCAGCCGUGAAGUUGGUAGUACAAGGGAUACUGGUCGAUUUCGAGAUGCUUCACCCCCUUUUGUUCGAGGAAGGGGUGGUGGCAGGCCAUUUGGUAGGGCGGCUGAUGGUCCAGAUAUUGGUCGUGGGCCAUUCAGAGGUGAGGGCGUGAACAGAAACAAUCCAAACGUGCGACCAAGAGAAGGAGACUGGUUUUGUCCAGAUGUUGUAUGUGGCAACCUGAAUUUUGCAAGACGAGACCACUGUAACAAUUGCAACAGGGCUCGCCCUGGACCUGGGGAAAGUCCUCGAAGGGGUUACCCUGUUCCGCCACCCCCAGAUGCUAUCCCUAGACGAUUUGCUGGUCCUCCACUGGAUCCUUCCCCAGGGAGGACUUUGAAUGGCUAUAGGUCCCCCCCUCGUGCUUGGGUUAGAAAUGGCCCUAGAGAGUUGAUUGGUGGAGAUCUGCCACCUCCCAGGCACAAUGACAGGUUUCCGGAUCACCACCUGCGGAGAGAUCGACCGGAUUUUCCAGAGGACAUCCACAGAGGAAGGGCCAAGUUUGACAGGUCAAUGCCUUUGGAUUGGGGCCAUAGGGAUAGAGGAAGGGAGAGCUUCUUUAAUGAUAGGAAAGGAUUUGAGAGGCGACCUCUAUCUCCACUUCCACCUCCACCGCCACCACCGCCUCCUCUUAGCCGUGGCCGUUGGGGACGUGACAUUAGGGAGAGAAGUCGGUCGCCAAUAAGAGGUGCUCCGCCACCUAAAGAGUACCGUCGGGAUGUGUUCAUGGGACGAGGUCGGGAUGACCGGCGAGGCAUGGCUCGAAACCGCAUCGGUGGUGCAUAUUAACAUGGUUAGGGCCCGUUAGAUGUUUUUUUUGAGAGAGGGGUACUUGGAGGAGGCAAAAGGAAGGAUGAGUGCAGAUUUGGGACUACCGAUGAUGUUUAUUUAGUUCCUUAGAUACUUUAUGAAACAUUUCUGGAAGUUUUAGCGGGUUUUAGGUUAAUGUACUUUUAUAAUUUGGGUUUGGAAAUAUUUGGUUCUUUGGAUCAAAAUGUUCGUCCUCACUGCUGUCUAUUCCUUCCGGAGCAAUUCAACGUAUUUAUCUGUUUAACGGAGUGGGUGGUUUUUACUGUGAAAAUUUGGAUAUGCAUGUCUCAUUAAUGCAGUACAAAUAGGUGUGAUUACAGAAA